CCUGGCCUCUACUUGCCGCCCCGCCCUACGUAAUUCAAUUACAUUUUGCUAUUCUAUACGAUUACUCUAAUCACCCCAUUGUAUAUCCCACCCAAUUACUCCUUGUUAUCUCCAGGCACCAUCCACGUGUUGACGGAAUCCCCGGAUCUCCGCCAUUUCGAAUCCCUCGCUCCCUCGAUCCCCCUCUGUGACUUUGUUGUCGUUUAUCAACAUUUCCACUUGCCACUUGGCUUUCCGCAACCGACCUCCACUCGCCUCCUCUCCCACCAUGGCCUCGUCCGAUAUCAACGCACAAGCUAUCACAGCCCACUUCAGCCCCCUCCAACGCGGCCCGGCCGCUACUGCCCUCCGCGACCUCGCUCUCGCCGUCGGUUGGUACCAUCUCCGUGUCCUCGAGCUCGCUGGCACGCAGUGGGCCGUCAUCGUGGGACACAAGCGCAAGGAGGACCCUCUCCGCGCCGUCCUCCCGCUGCCGCUCCAUACCAACGCCCUCGUCCCCUCCGAGCUGCAUGCCAUCUUUGGCGCCCUCUCCAAAGUCUCCGUCAACGACCUGCCUCCUCCUCUCCCCGAGUUUGCGCCCAGCGUCGAUAGGCUGCGCAAGGCCUAUGCUGCCAUGACUGGAAAGAAGCACGACGAGCUGGACGCCGUCAACGAGGAUGACGAGAACGACGAGGAAAAAGAGGAUCAAGAGCAGCAGCCCGACUUGUCCGGCCAGUUUGACCCAGACACUCUCUACACCGCCAUCGUAUGCGCAGACUCCACCGUCGUCUACUACAAGCUCUCCCGCGGUAUUCGCAAGCCUCACGAUAUCCCAGACGAGUAG